CUAAGUUUCAUAGAGCUUAGUUCAGAGCCAGUUUCCUCCAGGCACCAUGGAACUCUAAUGAUGGUUUAAUCAGCCAAAGACUCUCCAGUCACUGCUCCAUGAUCUUCCUUCUUAGAGCAUCUGAGUACCUGCUAACCAUGGGGGACCAUAUCAGGGAGGACCAGAUCAUCGCCAUGGACUGUGAGAUGGUUGGAGUGGGAUCUCUUCGGGAAAGUGGUCUGGCCCGGUGCAGUCUCGUGGACUAUCAUGGCUCUGUGGUGUAUGACAAAUACAUCAAGCCAGAAGGGAUGAUCACAGACUAUCGUUCCCAUGUCAGUGGGAUACAACCCAAGCAUAUGCUGACAGCUGUACCUUUUGCAAGUGCCAGGGAAGAGAUCUUGGAACUCCUCCGAGGCAAGCUGGUGGUAGGCCAUGACCUCCGCUAUGACUUUAAGGCAUUGAAGGAAGACAUGACAAAAUACAGGAUCUACGAUACCUCCCAGGACCGGCUGCUUUGGGCAGAGGGAGGCCUGGCGGGCUGCCGGCGGGUGUCCCUCAAGGUUCUGUGUGAGAGGGUCCUCAAGAGAAGAAUUCAGAACGGCAGGCUUGGCCACUGCUCUGUGGAAGAUGCUAAAGCUACCAUGGAACUCUAUAAAAGAUCCAGGAUAAUAAGGGCCAACUGAAAGCGGGAAUGCAGAGGAGGACACAGCUGCCCUCCAGUUCAAAGGUCAAUCUCAAGAGGAUGGAUGGAAGCCACAAACCUUCAGGGAAACCUUCUUCCCUUUAGAAACAUCUCCCAAAGCCUUUCACUUUCUUGCUUGUAUUAUGAUAAUAAAAUGGAUCUCUAUUUUCUCUA